CCAUCCAGCCCCAUAACUAUCAAUACCAGCCCCACAUCUGUAUCCAGCCCCACAACUACACCACACAUCCCCAUCCAGCCCCACAUCCCCAUCCAGCCCCACAUCUUCAACUGGUCCCAGCACUAUUCCCCCACAUCUGAGACCUCUACCAGCCCCACAUCUGCAGCCAGACCCACAACUGAAAUCAGCCCCACAUCUGCAACCUCCUUCAGCCCCACAUUUACAACCAGCCCCACAUCUGCAUCCAGCCCCACAUCUGAAACCAGCCCCACAUCUAUGAAUACCAGCCCCACAUCCACAUCCAGCGCCACAUUUUCAUCCUCCUUCAGCCCCACAUCUCCAUCCAGCCCCACAUCUGUAUCAAGCCCCACAUCUGCUUCCAGCCUCACAUUUUCAACCAGCCCCACAUCUAUGAAUACCAGCCCCACAUCUGCUUCCAGCCCCACAUCGGCACCCUCCAUCAGCCCUACAUCUGUAUCCAGCCCCACAUCUGAAAGCUCUUCCAGCCCCACAUCUGAAACCAGCCCCACAUCAGAAUCCAGCCCCACAUCUGAAACCUCGUUCAGCCCCACAUCUUAUACUAGACCCACAUCUGCAUCCAGCCCCACGUCUGCAGGCAGCCCCACAUCUGAGACCUCUUCCAGCCCCACAUCUGCUACCAGCCCCACAACUGCAUCCAGCCCCACAUCUCAAACCUCCUUCAGCCCCACAACUGAAUCUAUGACCCUCAGCCCCACAACUGCGGCUUCAAACCUCAGCCCCACAACUGGACCCACAACCCCCAGCCCCACAACUGGAUCCACUACCCUCAGCCCCACAAGUGCAGAAACAACACCCAGCCCCACAAGUGGACCCACAACUCUCAGCCCCACAACUGCAGCUACAACCAUUAGCCCCACAAGUGGAGCUACAACCCUCAGCCCCACAACUGGACCCACAACCCUCAGCCCCACAUCUGGACCUACAAUCCCCACAAGUGGACCUACAACACUCAGCCCCACAACUGGACCUACAACACUCAGCCCCACAAGUGGACCUACAACACUCAGCCCCACAACUGAAUUUUCAACCCUCAGCCCCACAACUGGACCCACAACCUUCAGCCCCACAAGUGGAGCUACAACACUCAGCCCCACAAGUGGACCUACAACUCUCAGCCCCACAAGUGGACCUACAACUCUCAGCCCCACAAGUGGACCUACAACUCUCAGCCCCACAAGUGGACCUGAGACCCUCAGCCCCACAACUGAACCUACAACACUCAGCCCCACAACUGAAUUUUCAACCCUGAGCCCCACAACUGGACCCACAACUCUCCGCCCCACAACCACAGCUACAACCCUCAGCUCUGCAUCCAGCCCCACAUCUGAAAUAUCCAUCAGCCCCACAACUGAAACCAGCCCAUCUACAUCCAGCCCCACAUCUGAAACCUCCUUCAGCCCCACAAGUGGAUCUACAACGCUCAGCCCCACAACUGCAGCUACAACCCUCAGCCCCACAAGUGGAGCUACGACUUUGAGACCCACAACUGGACCCACCACCCUCAGCCCCACAAGUGGAUUUGUGACCCUCAGCCCCACAACUGGACCCACAACCGUCAGCCCCACAAGUGGAGCUUCAACACUCAGCCCCACAACUGAAUCAACAACCCUCAGCCCCACAACUGGACCCACAACCCUCAGUCCCACAUCCGAAGCUACAACCAUCAGCCCCACAACUGGACCCACAACCAUCAGCCCCACAACUGGACCCACAACCAUCAGCCCCACAACUGGAGCUACAAUCCACAGCCCUACAAGUGGAGCUUCAACCCUCAGCCCCACAACUGAAUCUUCAACCCUCAGCCCCACAACUGGACCCACAACCCUCAGCCCCACAACUGAAUCUACGACCCCCAGCCCCACAGCUGGACCUUCGACCAUCAGCCCCACAACUGGAGCUAUAAUCCACAGCCCCACAAGUGGAUCUACAACUCUCAGCCCCACAACUGGACCCACAACCCUCAGCCCCACAACUGAAUUUUCAACCCUGAGCCCCACAACCGGACCCACAACUCUCAGCCCCACAACUGGACCUGCGACCCUCAGCCCCACAACUGAAUCUUCAACCUUCAGCCCCACAAGUGGAUCUACAACGCUCAGCCCCACAAGUGCAGCUACAACCUUCAGCCCCACAAGUGGAGUUUCAGCACUCAACCCCACAACUGAAUCUACAACCGUCAGCCCCACAACUGGACCCACAAGUUUCAGCCCCACAACUGUAUCCAUGACCCUGAGCCCCACAACUGGACCUACAACGCUCAGCCCCACAACUGGACCUACAAUACUCAGCCCCACAACUGGACCUACAACGCUCAGCCCCACAACUGGACCUACAACACUCAGCCCCACAACUGGACCUACAACGCUCAGCCCCACAUCUGGACCCACAACCUUCAGCCCCACAAGUGCAGCUUCAACCCUCAGCCCCACAACUGAAUCAACAACCCCCAGCCCCACAACUGGACCCACAACUGUCAGCCCCACAAGUGCAGCUACAACCUUCAACCCUCAGCCCCACAACUCCAUUGACGACGCCCAGCCCCACAACUGGACCCACAAGCCUCAGCCCCACAACUGGACCUACAACGCUCAGCCCCACAACUGGAUCUAUGAUCGUCAGCCCCACAAGUGGAGCUACGACUCUCAGCCCCACAACUGGACCCACAAGUCUCAGCCCCACGACUGCUGCUUCAACCUUCAGCCCCACAACUGA